AUGAAUCCAGCCGUCACUAACUUGGGGCUCAUGUUGGUCAUGAUGCAAGUGUCCCGCCGCUUGGACCUUGAGAACCCAGACAUCUUGCUUUACGUCCGUGUGGGCUACAUUGCGUGCCAGCUUAUUGUGUUUGGCGUUUGCAUGUAUGUCAAGAUGCAAAUCAACAAGAAGAACGACUUGACCACGUUGAAGUACGUUGAGCCUGCGAGCCCAAUGUCUGGCCAGACUGAGCCUAAGGCUGUUGUCACCACUGUUAAGGAGUACGACUUGAAGCAGAUUGACCAGCAAAUCAAGGGUAUUUUCACCUCCUUGGCCAUGAUGGGCUUCAUGCACUUGUACAUGAAGUACACCAACCCAUUGGUGAUGCAGUCUGUGUCCUCCGUCAAGUCUGCUUUGGAGACCAACAUUGUCAAGAUCCACUUGUUUGGAAAGCCUGCUUCUGGCGACUUGAAGAGACCUUUCAAGGCUGCUCCAGGCUUCUUGCAGGCAUUGCAAGGUGCCACCAGCGACGUCAAGACCGACAAGGCUUCUAUCGACGCGGCUGAGGUUGCUGGUGCCGGCGGAAUCAAGGAAGAGUAA